CAUGAUUAGAGAUGCACUUUAACUUCGACCUUAGCAGCAGCGGCAGUCGGCACAAGUGAUUGACAGUCUGCGUAAAAAUCGAACAGAAAAUGUCUUUUAUGAAGUUUGUUAAAGGUGCCAUUGUAGGAAAUGAGCAACCUAAAUAUAAAGUAUUAUCCAAAACAGAUGAUUAUGAACUUCGUUCUUAUCCAGCCUGCCAGUGGGUUACUCUUUCAAUCCAUGACAAAACACCGGAUGAAUUUUCUCGAGAAGACUUUCGACGUUUAUUGGAUUACAUUAAUGGAAAGAAUGAAGGAGGCAUAUCCAUAGAUAUGACUGUUCCUGUGCUUUUUCAUGUAAGCCCAGUUGAAGAAAAAGCAAAGGAUUAUUCUGUCUCGUUCUUUCUACCUGCAAAAUUAGAAAAUCCUCCAAAUCCAACAGAUUCUGAUCUUGAGUUGUCAGAGACAGGUGCACGAGAAAUUUAUGUUAGAACCUUUGGAGGCAUGGCUAAAGAUGCUGAUUGGAAAAGAGAAUUUGAAACCUUGAAAUCCAAGAUAGAAAAUCCUGAUGAUGUUGAUUUAUCUGAAUAUCACCGAGCUGGUUAUGACCCUCCAUUCAAGCCUUUCAACAGAAGAAAUGAAGUUUGGAUUGUCAAGAAAACAUCUAGUAUGGCAGAACCCCAAAGCCCAACUGAUUAAAUCGAUUGAUUGAAAUCAGGAUACAUGAAAAGCUUUAGGAAUAUAACAUCUUUUGAUUCAUGUGAGAGCAAUGUGUAACAGUAGGUGUUUAACAUUGUUGCAUGUACAUUGUUUGCUGCACAUGUGCAUUCCAGUUUAUAUUAUUAAAAAUAUUUCUUUAUGAACUUCCUACUACAUAUAUUCUCGGUAAAUAAUAUAUGCCAAAUAUUUUAGUUUUAUUUUUUGAUCAAAUUUUUUAUAUCAUUAUAUUGGCAAUUUAUUUUUAUUGUGCUGUUUUUUUAAUUAAACAUAUAAACAAAAUAUGUCUAAAAAGUGAUAAGCCAUGAUAUAUCAUUGUAUCAUAUCUUUUAUAGAAUUAAAUGUUAGAAAUUUUUUUUGAAAUGUUUCAAAAACACUUUUAUUAAUUAUUAUUAAAUUUUUAAUGUACUUAAUGUAAACAUUUGCUGUGUUUUUGGUGUGGUCAUCUUCAUCUAGAAAUACUAUGAAAUAUUGAACAUAUAUAAGUGAUUAUUUCGAAUGAAGUAGAUUGUUGUGUCUGUAUUGAUGUUAGACUUUGUGAAAUACCUCCUUCAAUACACAUUUGUUAUUUGUAUUCGUCAGUUGUUAUACCUUUAGAAAAUAAUUGUGAUUAAGAUGUAUCUACUUGAUAAUCUAUCAGCUUUACUGUAGUGCAUGUAUCUGUAUAUAGUCAUUUAACACCAUGGUUAUUUUAUGAGUACCAUAAUAUUAUACUGAGAUUAUUUCAUGUAUAUUUUUUAUAUUAUGUGAAGUUACUGGUACUUUUUAUGUGUUGCAAUGUGUCUUAUUGUUUUUCAAAAAUAUGUGAAAUUAUUGGACUUUGUUCCAUGUUUUGUUUUGUGACUGUUCAAAUAAAUGUUUAUUUGUGUGUCAAAAUUUUUGAAAAUUUGAUUUUGUAUUUUAAUACCUUUUUUAAAUGUUGUUUAGAUAAUGUCUAAUAUUCUUUGGCAAGAAGAUUCACCAUAGUAUUUUUGUACAUGUCUCAUUAAGUAAGCAUGGUGAAGGCUUUUUUUGGCUGUAAAAGGAGUUAUCUGUCUGUAGUAGAUAAACGGAAUAUUUCUCCAGCAUUCCAAUAUUUUAUAACUAUAUGUUUUCUCUAAAUAUCGGUGUGAAAUAUUAUUACUCAUUUAUGACUUGAACUGAAUAAUAUUUGCUAAUAUAUUACACUGCCACUACUGCAAGUAUAUUUCAUUCUUGAUUAUCUUUUUCAUCUCUUUUAGUUUUUAUGUUAAAAUACUUUUGAAUUCAUGAUUUGGAAAAUUUUACACACAUUUGUUUAGUAUUUUGUCAUUAAUUAUCAUGCUAAUUACAAUCAAUGUAAUGUAAAUUGCAUAUUUUUUUGGAAAAAAUUGGAAUUUGAUCGUUAUAUUUUUAAAAACAUCUGAUCUGAAAAGCGAGCUUUACAUUAAAAUUUCAUAUUGGAAACCUUUACAUAUUUUAAAUCUUUUUCUUUUUAUUAACUUUGCCAAUUUUUGCUACAUAUGUGUCUAUCUGCAAUGUUUAGAAAGCAUAGAUAUGACAAAGUUUGUGAUUCUAAAAGUGUUUGAUAUAAUCAUUGACAUCUAAAUUUUUUAAUUAAGUAGCUUUAAAUGGCAAAAGGUAUUUUUGAUUUUUAUGCACCUUUUUGCCAAAUUCUUAUUGUAGUUUUCAUAACUGUAAGUUUUUAGUAUAAAUUUUAAUUUCAUAUAAAAAAGUUCAUAACGUUUAUAAAUUGUUAGCAUACAUAUAAAAUUUUGCAUAUUGCAAAAUUAUAUUAAUUGAUUGCAAUUUGUCUAACAAAAGAAAAAGCAAUCUUAUUUUUAAGAACAUCACUAUCGAAAUAUGAACAAACAAAAUAUUUUUUCCGAAUUGAUGAAUUCCAUUGCGUUGGUAUCUAUUGGAAAAUGCAUUUUUGUUACUUAUGUAUUCUACCUUUUUGUUAUUAAUUUGUUUUACUCAUAUGAUGGAAUGCACUCUUUGAAUUUAUUGUAGAAAUAAAAGAUUAGAGAUGAGCUUAAAAUGAUAAUGUAAUUGAAGUUAUUCAAAUUUAAUUAUUUCCAAAAGAUCUCAAAUGUUACUGAUUUGUUUCAUGUAGUAAUUUUUUCUUUUAUGCCAAUUAAGUUGCCUUAGAAAUACAGCGAUUGUAAUGCCUUAGAAUUAACACUUUGUGUCGCCUUCAUAAAAAGCAUCGAUAGAGACUGUAUGUUUCUUAAAACAAAGUAUAUAGAAACUUAACUGUUUGUUAUUCACUUUUACUGUAUAUAAAAUUCUGUUCUAGUCGUAAUUUUCUUUUUCAGAUGGAGAAAUUAAAACAAGUUCUUUGCAAGUAUAUGAUGAAGUUUGUUACAUUAUAAGAUAUUUAAUUUGCAUCAUAAUAUCAGCAUUCUUUUUUUUCUGCAUGUUGAAACUUUUAUUACUCUUAUACAUUGUCUGUCUUAUUGUGAAUUGUUUAAUUUUAUAUUUUUGGAUCUAUUAUGUGUUUUUAUAUUCUAUUGUUAAAUACAGCUAUGCAUAUGAAGUUACAGAUAAGUUUGAAAUAUUAAAUUUAUCAGUUGUUUGUAUUUUAUAGAGUUAUAUAAUAAUGUGAUAUCCAAACAAGAAAAACCCUGUUAAAAUACUGUGCAAAUAAAAGCUCAAUAUAGAGUGGCUGUUAAUAUUUUAUAUUUUUUUAGAAUUUUUUCUCCAUUUAUUUAGAUUUAAAAUACUGUUUUCAUUUCUAUUUCUACUUUUUGUUUUAAUCCUAUACUUUCAAAUAAAAUAUAUCGCAUUUUUUCCCAACAUUAUAGAAUCACAAAUUUUGAUUUUAUUUUGAUGUGCCGACUCUGAUGUAUCUGUUUGACGACUAUGUCUUUUGAAUUACAAAUAAAAAGAGUCUGAGUGUUUCA